GAGGCGCUGCUGCGUCUGGGCGCGGCCGCCGGGCGUCUCGAGCAGGAACACGGCACAGACGCCGUCGCCGAGCUGCGCGCCGCCGUCGAGGCUGCCCUCGGCACGCUGGGGGCUGCGGCCACCGCGGGCGGCGAGGGCGCCGAGUGCCUCGAGGAGCUCGCGCCGCAGCUGCUCGACGCGGCGUGGGACGUGGUGCUGCAGUGCCUGGAGCUCCAGGAGCGCUCGGGCAUCGCGGCGGUCGGCAUGGCGGAGGCCAUCCGGGAGGCCCUGAUCGCCCUGGCGGAGCUGCUGCUUCCGGGCUGCGACAGCCCAGCGCGCGACGGCGCCCUGGCGCCGAUCCUGGAGGACGUCGCUCGCAAGCUGGACGCGCUGCUGGUGGAGCUGUUCGUCGGCCUGUGCCGCAUGAGGGAUACGAUUGCUUGCGUGAGGAGCGGCCGAGGUAGCGCUUGUAUGCAGGCCGUCGCGGACGAGAUGGCCAAGCAUUAUCGCGCCGUGGACAGCGUGGCGCUCUGGAUGGUGGUGCUGUUCGCGCGGAUCGUAGGACUCGGCAAUCUGGACGGUCGAAUGCUGUGGGAGUGGGCCACUUAUGAUGCCUCCUCUGCGUUGGCGCUUACCAAAGGGAUCUUGUCAGUCAGCGUCGUCCCAGAUGCCCAGCUUAGCAGCGAAGACACUUUCUUGCCCAGCGAUCUGUCGAGCAUCCAGGACACCAUGUUCAGGGCACUGUUCCAGCUGUCCAUGCCCGACGUGGCCUUCCUGUCCCUUGCGCGCUGGGCCGACGACCCGGACCACGACCGGACCAUCGCGGAGCAGAACUGCGCCCUGGCCGUGCACCGGGCUUGCCUGGCCACCGCCAUGGUGGAGUGCGACAUGGUCUCCGUGGUCAUUGCGGCGCUGUGGCGGCGGCCCCUGGGCGCGGCGUCCUUCCUCGCCGCGCUGCUCCGGCAGCCCGCCGGGGAGACCGUGCUGGACCGCGCGGCGGCCGGGGCGCUGGAGCAGAGCCGGGUGUUCGGGGAGCGGCUACUCGAGAGCUCGGGGGAGCUGUGGGCAGGCCUCGAGGCGGCCUGCCUGACGUGCGCGGAGGCCUCCGCGGGCGCCUUCGUGGAGGACUGCGCGGCGCUUGCCUACGCCGCGCCCCCCGCCGCGGAGGUCUGCGGCGGCAUGGUCCAGGCGUUCCUCGGAGCCGCCAGCGAGGCCUACCCGAGGUCGCUGGCGGCGGUCGUCGCUUUCGCGGCGAACUCGGCCCUGGCGCCUGGCGACGGCCCCGCCGCCGACGCGCUCGCCGCCGCGCUCGGGGCCGGGCCGCUUCAGGCGGAGGUGGCCGGCUGCCUCGGCGCCUGGCGCGGGCCCCUGCGCGCCGAGGGCCUGGCGCCAUGGGGCCUGGCGCUCGGCGGCGAGCGCCCUGCGGACGCCGCGGAGGGUACCCCGGCGGCCUCGGCCGCGGCCGCGGCGCCCUCGCUGCUGGCGGAGGCGGCAGGCGUGCAGAGCCUGCGGGACCUGCUCGGCGGCGUGCCCCCCGAGCUGGCCUGCGCGCUGGACGGCAAGCUGCUGAUGGACCCGGUGAGGUCUCCGUACGGCCACGUCUUCGAGCGGCUGGUGCUCGAGCGGGCGCUCACAGAGGGGGGCGGGGCGUGCCCGGUCACUGGUCGGCCGCUGCAGCUGUCGCAGUGCCAGCGGGCCCCCGAGCUCCGGCUGCGCGCGGUGCAGUGGAUUCGGGCUUCGCGGGCCCGCAGCGGUUAG